GUAUUUUUCCCCUCUGUCUCAUGAAUGGUGCAUUUGCAGUAUAUCAACAGUUAGCUGAAACUGAUAAAGAGGAUUUUGAUAAAAGAGGCGUUGCUAAAAGCAUUUGCCAUUGAAGCAUUUAUUGCAUGGAGAGGUAGUUGAUGUUUAUUUUACAGAAGAAUUACGAAGAUUAUCUACGUUAAUCUGUGGGCUACCAGACAGAGUAAUUGCAUGUGCCUUUGUUUCUGAGGAAGUUCGACGGAUGCUGAGAAGUUCUCUUACGGAUGAUCUUACUACUAUACAAAUACUUGCACGAGCAAGAGUACUCAUGAUUGAAAAAUGGAAUGAGUGAAAAUUUUGCUGCUGCAACAAGAAGAUGUGCUGAGCCGAGGUUGCUUGUAGAUCAAACACAACCAGUUAGCUAUGAGUGUAAACUUCCCAAUCAUUUUGCAAGAGAUCGUUGCAAAAGCACAGCCCAUCAUGCUGACCAGAGUUGUUAGUCCUUGGGCUUGCCUUAAGGCCAAAAAUUCAGACCUUGGCCUUGAAACUUUCGGUCUUGACCUUGGUCUUGGCCUUCUAAAUUUUUGGCCUUGACCUUGAUUGUUUUGGCUUUGGCUUUAUAAAAAAAUACAUAAAUAUAAAGAAUUAAAAGUUUUCAUUCUUUAUUUUAUGCAAUUAAUUAUGUAAUUAAUCAUCUUAAAUGAUCUUCAAAAUGUUUGUGUAGACGUUGGCCUUGAAAAUCAUAUUCUUGGCCUUGGCCUUGUAAUAUGCAGUCUUGGCCUUGUCCUUGGCCUUGUAACUUUUGGUCUUGGCAUUGGCCUUGUAACAUGUGGCCUUGACCUUGGCCUUGCUACUUUUGGCCUUGCAACUUUGAUGCUGACUGAAGAAGUUGGAGAAUCUUUGAUGCUGCUUCCUCUGAUUCGUGACUUUUACACUAUCAUCAACCAAGUUCCACUGUUUUAGCUUGGGAUUGCAAUCUUGGAGGUCUUUUUCAAUCCUGAGAUUCUGGGAUUAAAAAACAUCAAUCCUGGGAUCCAGGGAUUUUUGAAUUUUUGAUAACAAUUUAUCAUGUAUAACUGGUUGCAUCGGUAAUUUUCCUUCUUUAAUAACGCGAUCAAGUUCCUCUUCUAUACUUAAAGGAUUAUUUUUAGACUCAUGUACCAUUUCAGGUUUCUCAAUCAAAUCCAGCAUAUUAGACUCUAUUGACGCUCUUACUAAAGCAGGAUUGAAAGCGUUUAAUCUUUCCAGCAAUUCUACCUAAAGUUUUUGACACUUAAAUGAAGAAGGCACUGUAAUUAUUUCUUCAUUGGCUUUUAUGGAGCUUCGACUGUUACGCAGAUGUUGGCUAGGGUGUUUCAUUUCCGACAAUUUUUCGAAAAUGGUUGUGUUACAUGCAUAACAGGGUAAAUAAUGGGCCAAAAAAAAGCCUGUAAAUUUUUCAAAAUUUUAAAAUAUCAUCUAGAGGUUGCCGUCUCGAAAAAGUGGUGUUUUUUACGUUUUUCUCAACUUAAAAUUUAAAUUACUUAAAAAAUAAUUAAUUUAAUUUUAUGUUACCUGGUGUGUACAAUAAAGGUUAUCGGAUAAACAUUUGGCCAAAUUUCAAAAGUAUUGGUUAAUGCCUAGAGGUCGCCGAAUUUUAAAGUUUUAUUUUUUCAACAUAUUUUUUUGCUAAAAAAUUGCUUAAAUGCUUCAAAAAAACUUCACCUUAAAUAAAAUGCAUAAUUUAUGUUUUAAGCAUAAUUGACCACUAAAAGUUGUUGCGUGAUUAAAUAGUUUGCAAAAUAAACAUCUGGACGUAUAUAUAUAAAUUUCAUAAAUUUAUUAAAAAAAUUGGUUCUUAUAUCAAUUAGCAAAAUUGAAAUUUUAAAACAAUUUUAAAACUAGUCGGAUAAGCGAAUAUUUUAUUGUAACGAUGAACCUAAAAAAUAAUCAAGAUUGGUUAAUUGGUUACCCUGAAUCCAAUAAAUUAUCAAGUUUCAGUCGUCUACCAACAAAAAAAUAUGUUUUGGGUAGAUACUCUCAUUUACAUUUUUAUUCAAAAGGCAACACUUCUGCAAGAGAUAUUUUUAAACUUGUUCUUGGUGAGCUUAAGGAAGGUAACAUCGAUCUAGGUGUUUCAAAAUUUUUAGAAUGUCGAGAAGAUAGACUAAGCAUAGAUUUUCAGAGAAGUUCAACCAAAGAUCAAAAAUGGAAAGCCUUUGAAGUCAGUGAAUUAGUUAAAAGUGCUGAUGAAGAAGAUACAGAGUUUACUCUUUUACCACUAAAGAAAAGAAAUAUGCCUUUAACAAUUUCACUAGAGAUAUCAGCAAAGAAGCUCUCAGAAGUAACGGCAUCUGUGGCAGAUCGAUAUUGUUUAUCAGUUUGCCAACAACUUCUAUUUCAAUCCACUAUCAUCUGCAAAAGCGGAGGCAACCUUGAUGAAAUUUCAGUAUCAACUGUGCAUCGUCAAAGACAAAAUGCGCGGGAGAAUAUUGUUCUCUCAAUUAAAGCUGACUGGGAGAUAAACAAACCUAAAAAGGCCAUUUUGCACUGGGAUUCGAAGCUUUUUCAUUUAAACAGUUCUUAUCAGUGGAUCUUCUAACGGGCCGAAACUUAUUGGUGUACCUUUGAUUAAAGAUUCGACAGGUAAAGUUCAAUGUGACGCGGCCGUAAAACUUGCGCAAGAUUGGAACAUUUUUGGAAAAAAUGUUGGUAUAUGCUUUGAUACAACAGCAAGCAAUGCCUCGAAGAGAAAAUAUUUCCGCGAGAAGAUUAUCUUGAGUUAAUUGAUUAACUAUUAUCUACUUUGGGGGAAAACUAUCAAUGGACAGAAUAUUCAAAAUUCACAAACCAGGUGCAAUUGACAAUGCAAGAUUUAUGUCAACUUCUAUAUAUAUUUUAAAAAUGGAACUCUUAUCUAAUAAAUUUAUUAUGUCCAAUAAUAAGCAAAUUAUGAUUUACUGCAUGGCUAAGUUUAUUAGUCUUUUUUAUUCGAUGCAAUUUCUCCGCUCGAGGAUUUCCUUAUUUGCUUCAGUUGAUGACUUCAAAUUUUUUGUUGCAAUGAACUGGUAUCAAGAAGAAGAUUCAGAUAUCGCAACCGCUGUGAUUUCGUCAAAUCGCCAUCACCUUUGGUAUUUAACAGAAGAGCUUGUUAUUUUAUCUUUAUUUAAUGAAAAAUUGUCAGAAUUUACCAGAACAAUAAUGGCAAAGAAAACAUUUUUAAUCGGAAAACCAAAAUUUCUGACAAUAAAUUCUUCAACCUUUAUUUAAUUUUUAAUUGAACCACGGUCGUGGCUUCUUUUUGAUUUAUUAGGACUAAUAAACAACCAGGAAUGUGGCUCCAGAUGAAUCCACAAGAGUUUUUUUCCAAGAUUAUCGAACUGAUAAUCUUGCAAGAAAACUCUUGUGGUUAACUCUUGUGGUUAAUCUUGACAGAAAUUGGUGUACCAACCAACUUUCUCGAUUAAAAACUUUAGAAGAUGUAUCUAUGUAAAAAUUUGAUUGAAAUUUUUUUUUUUUUUUAUAAAGUUGAUUAAGGUGCCCCAAGAAGUCCUUACGGU